CCGCGUCAUUUUUGAACUUAGUUGUGGAGUCUUGAAUUUUGUAUACAGCAUAUACAUAGGUGUAUAGAUAUAAAAACUUUAUAUACACAGCUUAACAGGGCUGUAUUCUUAUAUAUUUCUAUCUCUAUACGUAUGUAUUAAAUAUCUGUGUAUUUAUAAAUACAGUCUGUAGGAUACUUUAAGUAAUUAGGCGUCUACUAUUUAUAUUUCUAAACGAUGGAUUGGUCAGAUCUAGAAUAUGGAGACAUUGUCCCAAUUGAUGAGGAGGUAUUUGACUUCGAUAUUGAAUCUGACAGUGAUGAUGAGGUAUUCUUUGGAGAUGUUGGGUUUACAGAGAAAUGUGUAGCACAUGAAGUAGAUAGCAUGUGCAAUGCUGAGCCCCUGCCUGAACUUACAGAUGAACAAUGGAAAGAGAUGGAGAAAGAAGCAUACAAAGUGGUUGCUGCGAUCCGCGAGAGUCAAGAGAAAUGUAAUAGUUCCCUUACUGAGGUCCCUUCCAUUGAUACAACUAGUUUGUCACAGAGCACCGGGUUAAAACGAAAGCUGCAGCUCUUGAAUGAAAACUCAAUUAAACAAUCACCUCUUCUGGACAUUACAAACUACAGUGAUACAAGAUUGAAUAAAUCUUCAAUCGUAAAUAGUAAAUUCGAUGAAAAUGUCUUGGAUUCUUCCAUUUUCAAAAUGAGUAGCUCAUGUGAUGAACAUCUAGGUUUAGUGAAACCAGUGUGUUUGAACUUUGAUGACAUAGAACCUUCUCCUAAAAAAAUCCGCUGCUUUAAUGCUUUCAUGUCACCAGGUAAAAAUCUUCCAUUGCUUAUAAAUGAAACCUGCGAGGGUCUGUAUAUGAAUAGUCCCACAGCCAAGGAUGCAAUUCCUUUUGAUUUUAAGCUAAAUGAAGCUGACCUUGAAAAUUCUAUUAAAACAACCAGGCAUAAAUCUCGGCAUCUGAAUCAGGGAAGACCUGUCAAUAAAAGAACUCCUAUUAAAGUAAAAGAACCACGUACUCCAGAGAGUUUUACAAAAAUAAGUUCCAGUACACCAGUCGAUGAAGUUAAACGCUCUCGUAACAGUAUCCUAAAUGUAUCGUUCACAGUGGACAGAGAUGAGAGCUUCUUGAAAAAGCUUGGCGAUUCAGAUUUACUGAAAAAUACAAAAACUUCUUUGCCCAGAUCAUUCAUUGUUGACAGUGAGAAACCACUGUUAAACAAGUCGUUCACUGUUGACUGUAAGAAACCACAACUAAAUGAGUCGUUUACUGUUAAAAACCAGACACCAUCAUUAAAUGAGUCGUUUACUGUUAGAAACAAGACACCACUAUUAAAUGAGUCGUAUACCGUUAGAAACAAGACACCACAAUUAAAUGAGUUGUUUACUGUUAGAAACAAGACACCACUAUUAAAUGAGUCGUUUACUGUUAGAAACAAGACACCACAAUUAAAUGAGUCGUUUGCUGUUAGAAACAAGACACCACAAUUAAAUGAGUCGUUUACUGUUAGAAACAAGACACCACAAUUAAAUGAGUCAAACAAGACACCACAAUUAAAUGAGUCGUUUACUGUUAGAAACAAGACACCACAAUUAAAUGAGUCGUUUACUGUUAGAAACAAGACACCACAAUUAAAUGAGUCAUUUACUGUUAGAAACAAGACACCACAAUUAGAUGAGUCGUUUACUGUUAGAAACAAGACACCACAAUUAGAUGAGUCGUUUACCGUUAGAAACAAGACACCACAAUUAAAUGAGCCGUCUACUGUUAAAAAUAAAACACCAGUGUUAAAUACUUCAUUUACAGUAGAAAGUGAACACUCAUUGCCAAACAAGUCAAUUACUAUUGGAGGUAAUGAAACAAUUUCAAAUGAGCCCUUGACAAAAGGAAGGAAAUCAAAUAUACGAAAAUCUUCCCAAACAGCAAAUGUAAUGGGUCCCAUGAGCAGGAUCUCGACAAGUAAAUCCUCUACUAAGAUAAAGGGUAAUACCAUAUCUGAUCAACAGAACUUGCAAGACAAAUCUAUAUCUAAAAGCAAAAAUAACCCAGGGAAAAAUCCUGUGAGAACUGUUCCAACAACUACUUCAAGGAAAAGACCCUUGGAUUCCCCUAGACAAAGUUUAAGAUAUUCCAAGGUAGAUACAAAAACCAAAAGUGAUCAAAAGAGUUUUGUUUUGGGAAAUAAUGUUACCUCUAAGUUAACCCAAGCUGUUCCUUCUAAACCGUUAUACAUUGCGAAAAAACCAGACAUCUCAUUUAACAAAUCUUUAAACAUUCCCAAAGAUGAGAAUGGAAUGGUAAAAUUCCAAGAAAAGUCCAGUGGUGUUGUCAAGAAAACGAAAUCAAGUUUGCAACUUCCUCACAACAGAGUCCUAAAGAAACCUGCAAAAGGCUCCACAACUACAUCAGGUUCUAAGGAAGUGGUGAAACCCAAAAUGACGCAGCCAUUUAAACUACAGCAACCUCUUAUGACACUGAACAUCAGUAAACCUAACGUCUCCAACCAGGUGGCACAAAAAGGCCCGGUGAAAGCCAUCCACAAGCCAGUCGUCAAAGCUUCUGAAAAGAUCCCUGCACCAGCUUUAUCCACAAGAUCAAAGAUCCUCACUGGCAAGGCACAUAGGUAUAAAAUCUUCUGGGAAGUGGAAUCGCCACCAGAACUAGAGAAGAAAUUUGAGGUGUGGAAGCAAGAUUUAGAAUUGAAGGACCUUAGAGUCAAUGUUGCAAAAAUCAAAGACUUAAUGUAA